UGCAAAAAUGUCCACUCAUCGCAGUUACAAAGAGGAGCUGCAGUUUAUCGAGCGUAUAUCACCGGUUGGGUUCAGAAUCAAGAAAGGAUUUGUUCCCAACAUGAAUGUUGAAGGGAUUUUCUAUGUUAACAACAACUUAGAGACUUUGAUGUUUGACGAACUGAAGCAACACUCUGGAGGCGGUGGUUUUGGAGGUUUUCUGCCUGGAGUGAAACAGAUUGCGAACGUGGCGUCUCUCCCUGGCAUUAUCGGGAAAUCAAUCGGAUUGCCUGAUGUUCAUUCUGGCUAUGGAUUUGCCAUUGGAAAUAUGGCUGCAUUUGACAUGGGAGAUCCUCUGUCUGUUGUCUCUCCAGGUGGAGUGGGCUUUGAUAUCAACUGUGGUGUUCGAUUGCUGCGUACUAACGUCUACGAAAAGGAUAUUCAUCCAAUGAAAGAGCAACUUGCACAGUCUCUUUUUGACCAUAUUCCUGUUGGUGUUGGCUCUAAAGGAGUGAUCCCAAUGACAGCCAAAAAUUUGGAGGAAGCUUUAGAAAUGGGUGUUGACUGGUCACUACGAGAAGGCUACGCUUGGGCUGAAGACAAAGAACACUGCGAGGAGUACGGACGUAUGCUGCAGGCAGAUCCAUCAAAAGUCAGUUCAAGAGCAAAGAAACGCGGCCUUCCUCAGCUCGGCACCUUGGGAGCUGGAAAUCACUAUGCAGAGAUUCAAGUUGUUGACGAGAUUUACGACAUGCCGGCAGCUCGUAAGAUGGGAAUCGAUUCCAAAGGCCAAGUUUGCAUCAUGAUCCACAGUGGUUCGCGCGGAUUGGGACAUCAAGUAGCUACUGAUGCUUUGGUGGAGAUGGAGAAAGCAAUGACGCGUGACAAAAUUAACGUAAACGAUAGACAGUUGGCUUGUGCUCGAAUCAGCUCCACAGAAGGUCAAAACUACUUAAAAGCGAUGGCUGCUGCAGCCAACUAUGCUUGGGUCAAUCGCUCAAGUAUGACGUUUCUCACUCGGCAGGCGUUUGCGAAGGCAUUCAAUUCGACACCCGAUGACUUGGACAUGCAUGUGAUAUACGAUGUCUCACAUAAUAUUGCUAAAGUGGAGGAACAUAUGGUGGAUGGAAAGCAGAAGACGCUGCUUGUUCACAGGAAAGGAUCAACACGUGCAUUCCCUCCUCAUCAUCCACUUAUUCCUGUAGAUUACCAACUGACAGGACAACCUGUUCUGAUCGGUGGCACAAUGGGCACAUGCAGUUACGUAUUGACUGGCACAGUGCAAGGCAUGUCGGACACAUUCGGAACAACAUGCCAUGGAGCAGGUCGUGCACUGUCUAGAACGAAAUCAAGAAGAACUUUGAGUUAUGAGGCGGUGUUGGGUAGGCUGGCGGAGAAGGGGAUCUCAAUUCGUGUGGCAUCACCAAAGUUGGUUAUGGAAGAGGCACCAGAAUCAUACAAGAACGUUACUGACGUCGUCGAUACAUGUCAUGAAGCUGGCAUCAGCAAGAAGGCAAUCAAACUGCGGCCUGUCGCUGUCAUCAAGGGCUGAAAGUCGUCGAGGGUUAAACGGCAAUUUUGCUAAUAAAUUAGUAUUGAUUAUAUUAAUAUUAAUAUUUCUUUCUUUCUAACACUUGCUUUGAUACAAAUGUGACAACUAUGCUACACCUUCCAUGUGAAGCGCGAGGAGACAUAAGAAAUUGAUAUGAAAGUGUUGAAUGUGCUGUC